AUGCCGAGCCAAUCCGCCUCUCCUAUAUUCAGAUCGAUAGAAAAAAUUAGUGGAGAAAUCGAAACGCUUUUUACAUACAAGCUAGGAUUGCUCGGAAGAGAUCGACUGAUAAAUGGAAGUUUUGAAUUCCAAGUAGACUUAGAUGAGGCAUUCGAAGUUAUAUUUGAAAGUUAUAAAAACAAAAAGCCAUGCGAAUUUUUUAGCACCUAUUAUAUUACAUAUUUUCUAAUAUUGUCUACCGAGUGAAAUUCCCUUUCGUCCGGUAGGGAGAUGUGCCCGUUUUAAAAAGGUGAUUAUUAUGUGAAAAAUGGUCAAGUUUCUACACAGGAUUGACCGACAAUUAUGUUCCGAGGGUUUAACCCCCGGAUUACCUAUUUAAGGAACCACCGUAUUACUGGUGGACUUUAG